AUGGAAUGGAAGGAAGAGCACGAUCUCCUUCUCUGCCAGGAAAUACUCGUCUGUCAGCCAUACAAAUUCAAAGAAAGAACGUUCGAAAGAGGCAAAAUUUGGGAAGAAAUUUCGAAUCACCUUAAUACCUGUGAGACUGCCAAAUUCCGUGUAAACAAGCGAUCUGUAAGAGAGUGAUUCAAAUUGAUCAAGGAAAAGUUUAAGCGUAAAAUUUGAGAGGAGGAAAAUUCGUCGGGGAUUGACGUGGAACCCAUUUCAGAGUUCGAACAAGCCCUAG